AAAAAGGUUUUAAGUUAUUUAUUUUAGUUUGUUUUAUGCAUGAUGCACACUGUAUAUGGGUUCGGUAGUAAUAUAUUUAAUCAAAUAGAUGAAAAAUCCAGCGGAUCUUUUGAGAAGGAUAUAGUUGUUGUUCCAUGUGUACUGAAAUCUGACUGCAAAUGUAAAUUUGUAAAAACUCAAAAAAAGAAAAAUGAAGCUGAAACUGAAACUGAAAGAUCAGAUUCAAAAAAUAUCAGAAUUUCUACAACAUUAUAUGUUAACGAUGUAUCAGUAUCCUGGCAUAAUAUCAUAUUGAGAAAAGUAAAUGGCACAGUGCAAUCAUUUGGACUUUGUGUUCCCAUCAAGACAAAAAAUAUAUCAUUGGUUGAGCAAAUUGUUGAUGACAUUAUAUACACUGACGUUAAUACAAAUACAGAGUGUUUUGUUCAACAUAAUGGAGAUCUGAACAAAGUAAAUUUACCCAUAGAGAUAUCUGAUGAUAAGGACAACACUAUAACCAAUGAUGAAUUACAUCGCAUCACCAAUAUAGCAUCAACAGAUACAUGUGCAAUAUUAUGUAAAGCUAAUGGAACAGUAUGUAAACUGUCUAGUCAAAGAGAGGACGAAGGAGGUGGAUGUUUCCCACAAUGCAGUUAUAUAGCUUCACCUAUCUCAUGCAGUUUACCUAUUAAGCAGGUUUCAUGUGGUAAAGAACACACAGUGAUGCUAUCAAAGUUUGGAGAUGUACUGACCUUUGGGUCCAAUAGCUGUGGUCAACUUGGAAAUUGCAAGGUUGAUGUGGGUGUUGUUGAGUCCCCCAUUGUGGUAGAGUCUCUAUGUGGAGUGGUCAUCACUGAUGUGCAGGCUGGUGGCUGGCAUACUGUAGCUGUGAGUGACAUAGGGGACCUUUAUGUCUGGGGAUGGAAUGAAACUGGGCAAUUAGGACUAGGCUUCAGUAUGACCCAGAACAGUGGAGAAACUCAUAUAAACCUACAGCCCACACCAACAUUGAUAGAGACCAAUGAGGAAAUAAACUUUGUGACAGUAGCAUGUGGUAGUAGGCAUACAGUAGGAUUGACUGACUUGGGAGAUGUUUAUACGUGGGGUUGGAACCAGCAUGGUCAGCUUGGACAUGGAGAUAGAAAUACACGAUAUUGUCCAACUAAAGUUGAAUUCUUUAAUGAGCACAUGGUUUGCCAGAUAUUUGCAGGGGCAUGGAACACUGUAGUUAUUAUACAAGAGAAGGAUCAGGAAAACAGUUGAAACUCCAAUUAUACUGCAGUAUAGCCAGGCGGCUAGGAGAUUUCCCAAAGAUGGGCGUUUGAUAACCAAUUUUAUACACAGGCCUCAUUUGCCAUUGAAAUUGAUCUCAGAAUGUUUGCUGUUCUUUUAUGAGUAUACUCUACAAGUUUGGAUCGAGUAACUUAAAUAGUAUUACCAUAGUUUUGAAAUGAUGAUGUUGAAC